CCGCUCUUUUCUUCUCACACCACUUCACCCACAACACAAUCACUCACCCGUUAUCUCAUUGCAGACAAUGAAUGACCCGAACGAACGCCCGGGCGCUGCGCCCAAAGAUACCACCAUGGCAUUGACCCUGCCCGCGCGCUGGCAAUCCAAAAACAUGAUCGAUGGCUACCUUCGCCAUCAGUGGCCUCCCAAGACUCACUUGGAGCUCCGCCCGUCCGGGCUGGACUGCCUCAUCGCGGUCAUGCGACACGUGGUGUCGUACCUCCCACAGGGGCGUCGCGACUUGACUCUCAACUGGGCCAAGGAAGGCGACGACCUCACCAAGUCAUUUUGGGGCCUAGUCUGGCUGGACUAUGACAAAGCCGGAGCAGAGGCGACAGACGUCCUGCGUGGCAAGUUCUUGGAUGAGUACAGCAAGAACAAAACAGCAAGGAACGGCAACCCCCCGUUUCAGACGUUGCUUGAUUCGCCUCGGGAAUUCAUGUCCGACUUUUGGGCCCAGCCGGAGAUGCUGACACUCAGUCUCUGCAUGGUCUGCGAUCGAGCUAAAACAUGGUAUCGAGUGACGGAGCAACGCCUGCGCUUGUACUGGUCGGGCGAUAUCACCCUAGCGGAAUGCGUCAGCAAUAUCGGGUACCACCGUGUCGAUGAGUCGUCUGAAGCGGAAUACACCGAGAUGUUUACAGAAUUCGGAGCACCCGAAAUUCUUGCCAUUCGAUAUGCACCCCGCGGUCACCAAGUCCAGAACCUGUAUGAUCAGAUCAGGGGCUUCACUGUCCAGCUCUAUGAUUUCGACGACCAAGAUCGCUACGUCGUGCAAGACGAGACUUGCUAUCGCCUAAUAGCAGUGGUCAAGCUUAGAGGCACCCCCGAUGGGCACGAUGCCGUGCGCUUAUACCGGCCCAAUGGCGUCAUGAGCGGUUCCUGCACGGAGACGGACUAUUUCCCGACGUCCUGGACUGUCUCCGAUUCCGAGCCAUACACUCUGGUGUACGCCAGAUUCGAAUUACCCGACAUGUACGACUUUGUCCGGUACCCCGAGCUACCCGUUGACAGGCAAGAUGUGCGUGACUUUAGGUUGGCCAAUCCACAGCACGACCAGAGUCGCAACCCGCCGACUACUUCGAGUGCUCCAGCGGCUGCAGAGGCAGCCAAGCCCGCUGGCCCUAAGCGCGUAGGCACGAAGCUUAAGAUUCCAAAGGUCAAGAUUCCUCCGAGGAAGCCCAAGACGUAUGGCAAGCAGGGCCAGGAGGCUUCUAGUAAUCUGGGUCAGGGCACUUCGGGCCAGGAGACUUCUGGCCAGCCCAGCGAGGGCACUUCUGGCACUUCUGCCAACCCGAGUCAGGACACUUCUGCCAACCCGAGUCAGGACACUUCUGGCACUUCGGGCAGACAGGACUUCUCGUAAUCGAGGUCGCGAAUCUUCUCGCAAUCGAGAAGCUUCUCGCAAUCGAGGUCGGCGGACUUCUCGUAAUCGAGAUCAGGGGACUUCUCGCAAUCGACAAUCCUCUCGAGGUCGCGAGACUUCUCGCCAUCGAGAAUCUUCUCGCAAUCACGGUCGGGAAUCUUCUCGCAAUCGAGGUCGGCAGACUUCUCGCAAACAUGGUCGGGAAUCUUCUCGCAAUUACGGUCGGGAGCCUUCUCGCGAUCGAGAUCAGAGGACUCCUCGCAAUCGUCAGACUUCCCGCAAUCGAGAUCGGCAG